UCCAUCCUGCAGACAUGUCCUCAAACGAUCUGUGUGCUUCCACCCCCUGUGGCCCAACCCCACUGGCCAACAGCUGCAACGAGCCCUGUGCCCAGCAGUGCCAGGAGUCCACCUACAUCAUCCAACCACCGCCAGUGGUGGUGACCUUGCCUGGACCCAUCCUCAGCUCCUUCCCCCAGAACACUGCUGUGGGAUCCUCCACCUCCGCUGCUGUGGGCAGCACCCUCAGCUCUGAGGGAGUGCCCAUCACCUCCGGCAGCUCCUUGGGAUUUGGGAGCUUUGGUUAUCCCAGUCUGGGAAGUGGGUACAGCCGGCCCUACCGUCGCUACAACACCUACCGCAGUGGCUUCAAUGGGCCAUGCUAGAGCACGAGGAGCAGGCAGGAAGAAGUGACCAGAAAUACUGAAGCAUGACUCGAUGUGGGAGAGAGCUCCUGGCCAUGGUUACGUGUUGUUAGACACCCACAAUUCUGC